AUGGCACACCAGCAGAUCGAACGUAACCAGGAAGCUACGGUAUACGUAGGAAAUCUCGAUGAACGAUGCAGCGAUUCCCUUGUGUGGGAAUUGAUGCUCCAGGCAGGACCUGUUGUGAAUGUCCAUUUACCAAAGGACCGAGUAACACAAUCGCAUCAGGGCUAUGGUUUUUGCGAGUUUCUUACAGAAGAGGAUGCCGACUAUGCAAUUAAGAUUAUGAAUCAGAUCAGACUUUACGGCAAACCUAUUCGCGUUAACAAGGCAACCUCAGACAAGAAGAAUCUGGAUGUUGGCGCAACUCUAUUCAUUGGUAACCUGGAUCCGGAUAUUGAUGAGAAGCUUCUUUAUGACACAUUUAGUGCAUUUGGUAUAAUUGUACAAACACCCAAAAUUGCGCGCGACCCAGAGACCGGAAAUUUCAAGGGGUUUGGUUUUGUCAGUUUCGACAACUUCGAGUCUGCCGAUGCGGCAAUCGAUGCGAUGGACAACCAAUAUUUGAUGAACAAGCAGGUUUCUGUUUCAUAUGCAUUCAAGAAGGAUGGUCGCGGAGAACGUCAUGGAUCAGCAGCCGAACGUCUUUUAGCAGCCGAGGGUCGCAAGAAUGUUCAGCUUCCAAACCGAUUAUUUGCCAACGGAACGGCUGGCCAACCAAUGAUGGCCUAUCCACAAACACCUGGUUUUAGGCCCCCUCCACCCCCUCCCAUGCCAGCCUAUGGACGACCACCGGCAAUGGGCUAUCCCGGGCAGCCGCAGUUUGGCUGGUAGCUUAGUUAGUUUCGGUUGUUAGUUGGGCGAGACGUGUGACUGGUGCAUUUAUAAAAAGCUAACUCUGCCC